AUGUUCGACAUGAUCAACAUUUUCGAGGUCUUCCUGCCCCAGCUUCUUCGGUACCCGAACCCGACAGAUCCCCUUAACGGCGAGGCGGCGGCUCUGAUGAUAAGGGAACCCAAGAGCUACGACGCCAAAGUAAAGGAGUAUGUACAAAAGUACGCGAGCAAAGAUGCCGCCGACGAGGCCGGUGCCGAGAGCGACGACGACGAUGACAUGUCCUCCGUCGGCAGUUUCGGGGACGAUGAUGAGGAACCGGCCGGUCGACUGGACGAUGUAUGA